GACGUUCGGUUAAUGCGCUAGUAGCGGGCGUCGCGAUUUUCUGAGUUUGUUCAUUUUUAUAGCUGCUGAACCUUGUUAAAACAAAUAGAAAAUGAAGAAAAAUAAGCCACUAUUGCAUGAUCCUUUAAUAAUUAAUCGUGUUAAGCAGUAUUUAGAAGAAAACGUGGACAAAAAGUUUUUGGAUGUAAGUGUAAUGACAAGGCAGUUGAUGGAGCGUUAUCCCGAGUAUACACGUCGCAAGCAAGCCCCCUUUCGUGCGCUUGUUGAGCAAGCUUAUCGCAUUGUUUCGCACAGUUAUGGUUUGGAAAGUCAACCGUCAAGUGGAGAUGAUUCGGAUGGUUCGGAUUUGGAAGUUAUGGACGAUUCGGUGUCUAGUAAUCUGAUGAACAAUUUGAUGAAUAAUCUUUAUCAAAAACCAAAGACAAAUGCAUCGAAACAAACAACAACUAAACAAUCUGCUGGUGAAGCGAUUGAUAUCAGCAGUGAUGAUGAUAGCGCGGAUGAUACUUGUGCAAAUGGCAAAUCUUCAGAUGGUAUAGCUCAGAAUGCAACAAGUACAACAAAAUCAUUUUCCGGUGUUAUACUCACUAAAAGCAAUGUACCACAAGAGUCAUCGUCCAAGGGCUCAUCAAAUUCAGCCACGACUGAUUCCACAAGUGGCGUAUCUGUCACGCUUGGUGCACAGAAGCGUCACGAAUUUCCCGAAUCGACGGAGCAACAACAACAGCCACAUAAAAAGCAGAGGAACGAUAGAGCUACUCAACCGUUUGAUAGGCGAGACAAUGAGCAGCAGCAGCAACAUAUGCGUCAGCAACUGCAACAACAACAAAUGCAGCGUUCAAAUCGUUUAUCCGGUUAUCAACAAAGUAAUGAUGCCGCUUCUGGGGCAUUUCCAACAACAGCAUCAAGUCAAAUUAAUCAACUGCGUCAACGCAAGUUCAAGAAAGAAGUUGUUUUGCGCAAGUCUCGCGAAACUUUCCAAGAUAUCGGUGGUAUGGAAAAGACACUGAAAGAGCUUUGUGAACUUUUAAUGCAUAUAAAGUCACCGGAUAUUUAUUUCGUUUUGGGCUUAAUGCCACCACGUGGACUACUGUUACAUGGGCCACCUGGAUGUGGUAAAACCCUGCUGGCGCAUGCAAUUGCAGGUCAACUAAACUUGCCACUAAUCGAAGUUGCGGCCACUGAGUUGAUUGCCGGCGUCUCCGGUGAGUCGGAAGAACGUAUACGGGACGUAUUCGAGCAGGCGACCAUGUAUGCACCUAGCGUUUUGUUUAUAGAUGAAAUCGAUGCAAUCUCCUCGAACCGCUCGAUGGCGCAAAAAGAUAUGGAACGUCGCAUUGUUUCGCAAUUGAUUAGCAGCUUGGACAAUUUAAAGUUAACAGAAGACGGACAAAGCGUUUUGGUCAUUGGCGCAACCACCCGACCAGAUGUUUUGGAUCCGGCUUUACGCCGCGUUGGACGUUUCGACCAUGAGGUUGCUAUAGGCAUACCAACGCGCAAGGAUCGCAAAGACAUAUUGACAAUAAUUUGCUAUGGACUCUUGAUUGAUUCGAAUUGUGAUUUCGAUAAAAUAGCAGAGCUAACUCCGGGUUAUGUGGGUGCUGAUCUGUUGGCGCUUGUGUCGCGAGCUGCAACAAUUGCAGUCAAGCGGAAGUGCUCAGAAUGUAUACGCGCUUUCCAGUUGGAAUCACAACGCAACAUAACCAUAGUGGAUUUGGACGAUGAAGCUGAUGAAAGCACCGAUGCUAGUAACAAACCAGCUGAACAAGACAAAAAUGGUAAAGAUGAGGCAUCAAUUGACGCAAAUGCGAAAGCAGAUGACGAACAAAAAGCAGAAGAAGCACAAACUACCGCAGCCAGCAGCGUAGCAAAAGCGGAUUCAGAAAAUGAUGAGGAAAAAGCGGAAGGACAGACAAAUGGCGCCGAAACAGUAGAAGCAACGACUACGGAAAAGAAAGACGCUGAGGCAAUGGACGUGGAUGUAGAGGGUGAGGAUGCAGCCAAAGCCGAAUCAAGCAACAAUGCAACAAAUGUACAAAUUGCCGACAGUAGCGUAAAAUCAACGGAAGUAGUCGCCACCACCAUUGAUGACACUAAAACGGGCGAGUCCAGCAAGCCCUCGUCGAACACAACAGAUGCACCCAAUCUAUCGGAACCAUCACUGUUGGAGCUACUUAAUUGGCUCGACAAUCCGCCAACGGAUGUGACAUGCGCAUCGGAAUUCUGCAUCACCAUAGAAGAUUUCAUGGAGGCGGUUAAAGUCGUGCAGCCGUCUUCGAAGCGCGAAGGCUUCAUAACAGUACCAGAUGUGACGUGGGCCGAUGUCGGCUCAUUGCAAGAUAUACGCGAAGAAUUGCAAUUGGCCGUCUUGGCGCCGGUGAAAUUCCCGGAAAAAUUGAUCACACUCGGUUUGACUGCGCCGUCGGGCGUGCUGCUUUGUGGACCGCCGGGUUGCGGUAAAACCUUACUUGCCAAAGCCAUUGCCAAUGAGGCGGGCAUUAAUUUCAUAUCCGUGAAGGGACCGGAGCUAAUGAAUAUGUAUGUGGGCGAAAGUGAGCGUGCUGUGCGCGCUUGUUUCCAGCGUGCGCGUAACUCGGCACCCUGUGUCAUCUUCUUCGACGAAUUCGAUUCGCUGUGCCCGAAGCGUUCCGACACAAAUGAAGGCGGUUCCGGUACGCGAGUCGUCAACCAGUUGCUUACCGAAAUGGAUGGCGUCGAGGAUCGUAAAGGAGUGUACAUUUUGGCCGCCAGUAAUCGGCCGGACAUAAUAGAUCCGGCAAUACUGCGUCCCGGACGUUUGGAUACCAUACUUUAUGUAGGACUGCCGCAAAAGGAGGAGCGCGUCGCUAUUCUAGAGGCUACCACGAAGCAACGCACUAGACCCGAAUUGGCGGACGAUGUCGACUUCACAGCCGUCGCGGAGUGCACGGACGGCUAUACCGGCGCUGACUUGGCUGGUCUGGUGCGGCAAUCUGCCAUGUUGGCCUUGAAAGAGUCCAUACAUAAUCCGGACUCGACGGAUUUGCGCGUACGCAAGUCGCACUUUGAUCUCGCCCUAAAACUCAUACGACCUUCCGUUAGCGCGCAGGAUCGUAAAACAUACGAGAAAUUGCGUUUGAAAUAUGCCGCGCCAAGAAGCCCCACAACAACAGACGAUAAUGCUGAAUAAAAUAUGCUAGUUAUAAUUCUAAAAUAGUACGUUGCAAAUAACGUUGGAACGGUGAAAGUUGUAGCGCUACAUUUAAUCGUUUAUAUAUACACAAACAUAUGUUUUUAAUACAACAAACGAACCCAAUUACUUUGGCGUAUAACACAUUAAAACACCACCCUAUGUACAACAGUAUCUCAAGUCCCUUCAUUGUAAUUGUAAUUUUGAAAUUUUUACAUUCACUUUUUUAUUUUCACUAUUCAAUGGAUUUAUUUUCGUUAUAUUCUUCAAGCAUUGAACCAUCAAGUAUACUUUAUAAAUAAAAAGAAAUCUGCGCGUUUCGAAAUUGACAAUUUUUCAGUCUGCGCAAACGUGCAACAAUAUCGACAACAACAAAAUUAUGUAUUAUUUAUUCAAGCAAAUCAAAAAUGCGGACAUGUUUUUGAAGUUAUUUUCAGAAUUUUUCAUAUGAAAUAGUUCAGCGAGCACAAUUUAUAUCAAAUAAUAGCAAUUCCACUAAUCUUAAACAAAUAUAUAAGGCGUACAUAUAAAUUAGGGUGACCGUUAUAACGCAAGCUGAUUUGUUUUUGCUGAUGCCCGUUGUAGUUACAGUACACCAUGUCGUAUGAGCAACACAGAAUUUGCAAGACGCAAGAUGAAUGAAUCCGAAAGAUCUUACUUUCACUGCAUAUAACUUUUAAAGGCUUGAUUUUAUGAAAAAAAAAUUUACGAAUUUCGUUUAGAGCGCGAAAUUUUGUUUUAGAAUAUCAUUUUUUCAAAGUUGUGGGUUUAUUUGUUUUGGAGAUAAACAAUUUAUUGCAAAGAAACUAAAAACCCCAUAUUAAACAUAAGGAAAAAAUGUAUAUAGUUUUAUUUGAAAAGAAGAAAAAAUGUUAGCCGAAGUUAUAAUACCCUACACAGAUGCAUUUAUUAUAGCAUAAAAGUGUGUAAAAUGAUUUUUAACUUGAUUUUGAACGAUUAGUUUGUAUGGCGGCUAUAUGAUAUAGUGCUCCAAUCUGAACAAUUUUUCAGAGAUUAUAGCGAUACAUUG